CCUUUGUGCACUUCACACCAAGCAACAUGACGUCCUGCUUCUUCAACGGAUGCGCCAACCUCGUUGCUCCCCACUCGACCAAGUGCUUGUUCCACCACCAUCGCGGCAUUUGCCUCGUUGACGCCUGCCACAACCAAGUGUACGCUCGCAGCCUGUGUGUCCGCCACGGCGGCAAGCGCCAAUGCCAGUUCGACGGCUGCACGCUCAACUCGCGCGUCGGCAACUUUUGCACCAAGCACGGACCCACGGACGCCGUCCGCCGAUGCUCCCACGACGGGUGUUCGAGCCAGGCCCACUUGCGCGGCAAGUGCUUUCGCCAUGGCGGGUCGCGAUUUUGCAAAGUCGAUGGAUGUGUCACGUAUGCCCGGAACCGCGGGUUCUGCGCCCGCCACACCCCCAAGGGCCCCACCGCGAAGCCAGACCACCCCGUCAAAAUCGAACAAGUGGAAGUGAAUCGCGUGGAAACCACGGAUAUGAUGCUUGCACCGUUCACGAAAUCGUGUUGGAUGCAGCAGGCUCUGCUGCACGUUGAGCCCAUCAUGGAGGUCGAGCAGGCACACACCGACUGGUGGCAUUCCCAACUCACGUCCAUGCAAGGGUGGGGAGAAGUCAUCCAAUUGCUGGAGGAUUGAGUGGAGGGGCCAGCGUACCGCUGCGAUGAACUCCGCACGCGACUAAUUUAUCCCUAUUUACUGAACGUCUCUUCACCAAACACUUGCAACCAAGCGACCUAAGGACAACGGUUCAUGCAUUUCGCGCAUGCAAGUUCGUCGAUGGCGACGAAAACAGUUUGGUUCACGUACAAGAAUCGUCCAUGCAAACGGGGGGGGGCAUCCCUCGCUGUACGAGCUAGUCAGGAACUAACUGUAAAUACUAUUAUUGGCA